GAAAAAAAGCCACCCACUGCUGCAACUUCUUCCACAGUAGAAAGAGAGAGAGAGAGAGAGAGAGAGAGAGCUUGAGGGAUUAACAAUGGCAGCGGUGGGGGUGGAGGAGAAGAAGCACGAAAAUGGAGGAGGAAUAGUGGUGCUGAAUCCGAAGCCGAAUAAGGGAGUGACAUCGAAGGUGGUAGAUUGGGUAGAGAAGCUGAUAGUGAAGUUCAUGUAUGAUCCAUCUCAGCCUCUUCAUUAUCUCUCCGGUAACUUUGCUCCGGUUCCUAACGAAACUCCUCCUACCAAGGACCUUCCCGUCAUCGGUUACCUUCCCGAUUGCUUAAAUGGAGAAUUUGUCCGUGUGGGUCCUAACCCAAAAUUUUCACCUGUUGCUGGAUAUCACUGGUUUGAUGGAGAUGGCAUGGUUCAUGGUCUGCGCAUUAAAAAUGGGAAAGCAACAUAUGUCUCACGUUAUGUACGAACAUCGCGUAUUAAACAAGAAGAAUAUUUUGGAGGUGCUAAAUUUAUGAAGAUUGGAGACCUUAAGGGGUUUUUCGGUUUACUUAUGGUUAACAUGCAAAUGCUGAGAGCAAAAUUGAAAGUAUUGGAUGUUUCUUAUGGAACUGGAACUGCUAAUACAGCUCUAGUAUAUCAUCAUGGGAAACUGUUGGCACUUUCAGAGGCAGACAAACCGUAUGUUCUUAAAGUCUUAGAAGAUGGAGAUUUACAAACAAUUGGCUUGUUAGAUUAUGACAAGAGAUUAGCUCAUUCUUUCACUGCUCAUCCAAAGGUUGACCCAUUUACUGGUGAAAUGUUUACAUUUGGUUAUUCGCAUACUCCUCCAUAUAUCACUUACAGAGUUAUUUCCAAGGAUGGUUUUAUGCAUGAUCCAGUACCUAUAACAGUAUCACAACCCAUCAUGAUGCAUGACUUUGCUAUUACUGAAAACUAUGCAAUUUUCAUGGAUCUUCCGCUGUAUUUCAGACCAAAGGAAAUGGUGAAGGAAAAUACGCUGAUAUUCACAUUUGAUUCAACCAAAAAGGCUCGCUUUGGUGUACUUCCACGAUAUGCAAAAGAUGAGCUGUUAAUCAAAUGGUUUGAGCUUCCAAAUUGCUUCAUAUUCCACAAUGCCAAUGCAUGGGAGGAGGAAGAUGAAGUAGUUUUGAUCACUUGCCGCCUUGAGAAUCCAAAUUUGGACAUGGUCAGCGGAACUGUCAAAGAAAAGCUUGAAAAUUUCUCAAAUCAGCUGUAUGAGAUGAGAUUCAAUUUGAAAAAUGGUCUUGCGUCUCAGAAGAAACUAUCAGCACCGGCUGUAGAUUUUCCAAGGGUCAAUGAGAGCUACACUGGCAGGAAACAACGUUUUGUAUAUGGAACCAUACUGGACAGCAUUGCAAAAGUUACAGGGAUUGUGAAGUUUGACCUGCAUGCUGAACCAGAGAUUGGAAAGACAAGUCUUGAGGUUGGAGAAAAUGUUCAAGGCAUCUAUGACCUGGGACCUGGACGAUUUGGUUCAGAGGCUGUAUAUGUUCCUCGUGUGCCAGGAGUUACUUCUGAAGAAGAUGAUGGCUACUUAAUACUCUUUGUACAUGAUGAGAAAUCUGGAAAAUCAGCAGUUCAUGUGAUCAAUGCAAAAACAAUGUCGGCUGAUCCUGUUGCAGUUGUUGAUUUGCCCCAUAGAGUUCCAUAUGGAUUUCAUGCUUUCUUUGUGACAGAGGAGCAACUGAUAGAGCAAUCGAAACUCUAAUUGCGCUGUCGUUGAUCGAGAAUUUGCCAUAAUGGGUGAAGACGUGUAAAAUUGCCUCGUUCUCUCUAUUAUUGUAUUUCAUAUAUUUCCUGAUAAAAAAGAGAAUUUUACUAUUUGUAAUAAUACCGUUGACAAUUUAAGAGAUGCCUAUCAAUGAGUUAUUACAAAGUUAAUACGUUUCCAAUGAGCACCAUCUAUUAAAUGGUCUCUUUUCCCCUUUC